UACGAAGACGCAUAGUUUAGCAGGUCGACAUCCACGCGCUUCUCUCUGUUAACCAUCCAGGUGAAUUCGUUACAGAUGAUCCAACUGAGCUGACUUGUCCUCACCACGGUAUCGAAUUAUGAAUUUCGUUCGACAUUAUAGGUGAAAAAUUAUCUAAGAUGUGAUUAUUUCAAGAACAUUUUACGCUUUCAAAGUGUGGGCAAAAUAGCCUCAUAUGAAUUUUCUUUAGUCAACGUAUUAUAUAUGUAUACAUGUAUAUAUGUAUUGUCUACUUCAUUACUUGUUUUGAUUUUAAAGACUUGCUGUUUAUACAUUCAUAAUAUUAUAUGCUAGUAGAUCGGUAUAUAUAUAAAUCAGAAGUAUAAAUCUAGCAUUUUUAUUGUUACUUUAAACGCGAAAAAUGCUGGUUUCUUACGUUUAUGUAAAAAUCUUAUUUUUGUUAUUAGUGAUCUUCUACGUGGAGUCGUAUCAUAAUGACAGAAAAUGUGCGGCGAGGUCGUUCUUUAACAGGUCAGUGGUGUGUGUGUGUAACGCGACGUAUUGUGAUGAUGUAACACGGGAGGAGGUCGCCUGUGGCCAGUACAUCUGGUAUACAUCGUCAGAAGCUGGACUGCGAUUUGACAAAUUUACUUCUAGACUUGAAAACUUUAUACCUUCAGCCCAGUCUUCUUACACUACGUUAGACUUGAAUGUCAAUACGAAGUAUCAGACGGUGGAAGGUUUCGGCGGAGCCGUCAGCGAUGCGGUUGGAAUCAACUGGCAGAAUCUGACUGAUCCACAACUUAAACAGAAUCUUAUUGAUACAUACUUCGGUGAUAAGGGUCUGCAGUACAGCAUGUUGCGAGUACCAAUAGCUGCCAGCGACUUUUCCACCCAUGUGUAUGCAUACAAUGAGUAUCCAGAGAACGAUUACGAACUCAGUAACUACAGCCUCAGCUACGAAGAUUAUCAGUACAAGAUUCCAUUCAUAAAAGCUGCAUUGGCUGUGGCCAAAACACCUAUCCAUAUCAUAGCGACCGUGUGGUCACCUCCUAAAUGGAUGAAAAAUAGCCACGAGUAUACGGGCGUUAGUCGCCUCAAGAAAGAGUUUUUCCAAACUUAUGCAGAUUAUUAUAAAAAAUUUAUUGAGAAGUACUCGGAGGAAGGCAUCCCUAUUUGGGGGAUUACUACAACAAACGAGCCUUUAGAGGGCAUUCUGCUUAUUGUACCGUUUAACAGUUUGGGUUGGACUAGCCUAUCAAUGGGUACAUGGAUAAAAGAAAAUCUGGGUCCUACAAUAAAGAAUUGGAGACCGGACAUAAAAAUUCUUGCGGGUGAUGAUCAACGACCGAUUAUAACAUUUUGGUUUGAAAUUAUAGCGAAGGUCAUGCCGGAGGUGCUGCAGUAUAUUGAUGGCAUCGCAGUACAUGGUUAUCUAGACAAAUUGGUACCACCUGAUAUCUUGAAAAGAACUCAAGAAUUAUUCAAAAAUCAAUUCAUUAUAGCUACGGAAUACUGUGAAGGAUUACUGCCAACGGAUAAGUUGAAAGUGGACUUAGGAUCAUGGGAGAGGGCUGUAUCCUAUACUCAAAAUAUUCUGGAAGACCUCAACUAUAAUUUAACUGGGUGGAUUGAUUGGAACUUAUGUCUCAACGCCCAAGGUGGUCCCAACUGGGUGAAAAACUACGUAGAUUCACCAGUAAUAGUAUUCCCAGAGAGAGGAGAAUUUGUGAAGCAGCCGAUGUUCUACGCCAUGGGACAUUUCUCCAAAUUUAUCCCAAGGGGUUCAAGAAGGAUACAAGUGAGGGAACUCAGCUUUACGACUAUUGAUAACGUGGCAUUCUUAACUCCACAAAAUACUGUAGUUGUCGUCCUAUAUAAUGACAAAAAUGAAAGCAGAAUAGUAAACUUGAUAUUGGACGGCAAACAGGCGUCCGUGUUGACAGAAGCAAACUCUAUCACUACCGUGGAAAUUUCAAAUGGAUGUGACUCUUUAUAG